AUAAAGCUGACUUCUAGUAGUGGUUGUGGCUUUGAUUAAAUUUUGUGCAGCUUUUCUCUCUGUCACUACUGUCUGUAAAACUUGUAUGGAACACGCCAUAAUCCAUAUCUCGACAACUGCGUCAUAAACGGACUCGGAUUUUCGUAGCACAUGCUACUUUUACAUAUCGACUCGUACGUCGCGUUUGUUUACAUGGAAAAACUAACGAAUUUCGCGAGCCGAGUGCUCGUAAAAAAUUUACACGAGUUUGAGAUUGAAACGUGAUAUUGACGUUUUAUGCUCUGAUAUGACAUGACGUAAAAGCGAGAAUGCUGUGAAUUAAUAACUCUAUCUGCUAUUUUUGCAGAAAUCCGAUUUGCGGAUUGAUUCGUUCUACUUCGUCGUGUUACCUUUUUAAAGAAUUUAUAUACUAAAUGUCUAAAUGGAAAGGAAUAUCGCAUUACUUAGGCAUUUCAGAAACAAAUUUUGUGACUCGAAGUUUUCAUUGAACCAUCACCACCGUAAGCUGUCGAAGAUCGUCGCACUUGCGCGCUGAGAAAACGACGUGCGACACGCUUUCCCCAAGAACCUCCCGAUGCUUCAGUAUGUGACAUCGGCGCGUCCGCAGCCACCAGUAAUAGUAGCAGCAGCAGCAACAGCAGCCAACGGUGUAUCUCUUGCGCAGCAUCCGCAACUGCGUUGUGAUUCAUUCUCGCUCUCUCAUCCCGCUCUCCGUACGUGAGCGGAGUUCCUCGGGAAGCGUGUCUCGGAAUGCAUCGUGCAGAUCAGUGGUGGUGAAAAUCAAAUCCCGAUAAUCCCAUCUCGCCGCCAAUAUAUCAAGGGCAGGCCGAGCAGGAAGUGUCGUGCGGGCUUGUUGGCCGAUGAAGGCGCGUAAGAGUCGCGACAAAACCAUUGAUACUUGGACCAGUCGAUCGACUACUCAGAGGAGAGCGUCGUUGACAAGUGGAGCGACAGCCGGGGGUGAUAACUACCGAAUGCAGCACCAAGAAGGAGAACUUGAAGGACUCGGGGACGUUUUAGGGAGCUCCGGAAGCGCGGUAGCCCUUGGCGGCCGACACAGACCGGAGGAGCUUGCCACUCUCGCGGCCACAACCAGAUUCUCGAGGAAGGAGAUCCAGUUGAUCUAUCGGGGCUUCAAGCAGGAAUGCCCGAGCGGCUUGGUCGACGAAGAUGCCUUCAAGCAAAUCUUUUCGCAGUUCUUUCCGCAGGGAGAUGCAAGUCAGUAUGCUCACUACGUUUUCAACACUAUGAAGAGGAAACCAUCGGGCAAGAUAAGCUUCGAGGAAUUCCUCACCAUACUGUCGAAGGUGUCGAGAGGAUCGGUGGAAGAGAAAUUACAAUGGGUCUUCGGGCUGUAUGAUCUGGACGGCGAUGGUUUGAUAAGUAAAGAAGAGAUGCUGGACGUCGUGGGAUCCAUCUACGAGAUGUUGGGUCGUUACACGCAGCCACAAAUCCUCGAACCGCACGCGGCCGCUCGCGAACACGUCGAUCGCAUUUUCCAUUUGAUGGACGCAAAUAAGGACGGCGUGGUGACCAUCGAAGAGUUAGUGCAGUGGUGUUCCAAGGACGAACAACUAUUGCGAAGUCUUGACACUCUGGACACCGUAUUAUGAAAUCUUAAUUUAUUAUCGGAAAUUUCAGUAUCGGAUUAUCAAUUAUGCUUUGAGCAAUGAUUACGAGACACGCAAAGUACCGUGAAUCUUCUCAUCGAUUUAUCCGUUUCUCUUUAUAUGCAUAAUUACGCAAAUUAUUAAUGAUCAUAAAUGAUUGCGCGAAAAACGAUAAAAAUCGAUUGAGGGCGUUUAGGAAUCUUAUCAAGGAGGAAAUAAAACUAAAUUAUUCGCGAAUUGUAAAUUUAUAAAUUACAUUCAUAAUGUAAAAUGUAAUAAUUCAAGGUGUCGUUUGCAAGGGAAAAUCAAACGCGACCAAAAUCGGAAUGUUAUUCGAGACAUGUCUUUAAGAAAAGAUGCUUGAAUUGAGAACCCUUUCGCACGUGUCUUUUGUAAAUAUGUAUGUAUCCGAUUUACACACAUCUACCCAGUCUUUCAUAUACAAAACUUCCAGUACGUCAUUCAACGAUAGAGCUGAAAGAACCGACAAUUUAAGUUAUCUUUAAAAUUUCUUGAAGCUUCAUGGCUUUGAAAAUUUGGAAAAAAGAAAUUACAUAUGAAAAUAUUAAAUUUAUACAUAUAUUAUAUUCAUAUAUAUUAUCACAAAAUUAUUAAAUAUUAUAAAUUAAUUAUGAUGCAAAAAGUAAUCCGAAAUACCUAGUUUCUUGUAGAAAAAUAAGUGAAGUAAGAUCAAUGGAUAUGAAUUUGAUUUAUCAAAAAAAAAAAAAAAAAAGAUUUAUAAUUUAAUAAU